GGAACAUAACGCGUUCCGUGCUUUGGUAUUAGUCUCGUUCAUUUUAUUAAACGUAGAACUAGAUGACAGGUUAAAAUGUAUUCGUAAGAGUUCUUAAAAUAUCCCAACCGUUUUGUAGGAAGUACAACAUUUUAGAAUGAAUUAUUAGGAUUAAAUACGAGCUUCACACUGUUACCAUGGUAACAGAAGCAGCUAGCUUGCUAGCGUUGUGAACGGCUCAUCGUUUGAGCAUACCCGAUGUGUCUUCCUCGAUAACGAGCGUCGUUUGUAAUCUUUUCUUGUUUUAUUUUCGUUUAGAAUAUAAAUAACAGACGUCUCACACUGAAACGACAAUGUAGGAUUUAUUUUUAGAGGAUGGACGAGACAUGCUAGGUGAUCAGUACCUGAAGCUCAGGUAAAUGACAAUCUGCUGAUGGAGAUGUGCCGUCACAGACCAUGAAGAAAAUAUUCAACUUCAAGAAGAAGAAGGGCUCCCCCAGCCCCUCUGAGACGGGGAGCGUGCUGUCGGCCAGCUAUGAUGUGAAGGAGAAAGACCUCGGGAAGGUCCACAAGGCUGCGUUCAGCGGAGACGUGGCCAAACUUAGACAGCUGGCCAAAAAGAAUGAUUUAAACCAGCUGGAUAAGGAAAACAGAACGGCGCUGCACAUCGCUUGUGCCUGCGGACACACAGAUGUGGUUCAGUUCUUGGUGGAGAACAAAGUGAAGCUGAACUUGUGUGACAAUCAGAACCGCUCUGCAUUAAUGAAGGCGGUUCAGUGUGAACAAGACCGCUCCGUCUCUUUGCUCCUGGAACAUGAGGCUGACCCCAACCUGGUAGACAUCAAUGGAAACACAGCACUGCACCUGUCCGCCCGUAUCCCCUCCCUACCUGUGGCACUGCAGCUCCUGGAGCACUCAGCCAACAUCAACGCACAGAACAAGGAUGGCAACACUCCACUAAUGCUGGCUGUGAUGGAGAACCAUGCAGACAUGACAGAGCUUUUACUGAAAGAGGGAGCAGAUGUUAACGUCAAGAACCAGGAGCAACGGUCUGCGUUGAUGAUAUCUGCAUGCAACGGACAAAUCAGCAUGGUGCGUUUGCUCCUGCAAUACGACGCCGACAUCACAGUGAAAGAUGAUAAGGGAUGGUCUUCUGAUGAUUAUGCCGUCAUGAAUGGACACCACGCAUGUUCACAUUUGAUUAUCGAGCAUGGGACGAAAAGAAGAUCCCUUCAGUCACCUUCCCAUUUCACUGCCAGCAAAAAGAAAAGGACGUCCGUGCUCAGCAGCCCCGGUGGUAUUGGGGCCGGUUUGGCUUUGGGAGGACCAGCUCUGGAUAAAGAUGCAGCAGGAAGCAGCUCUGCAGGAGCAGGGAAAGAUACAGAGGACAAUUCUCACACAGACUCCAUCAGCAGAGCAUCAAAAAGUGGUGCUGCUGAUUCCUGGCCAUCAUCAGAUGAUGACGAUGAAUUAGAUUUGAGUCCAAAGAAACAGAAAGUAAACUUGAAGAAACUCAUAAACACCUCAAAAAGGGAAAAUAUAGAAGUCAUAGCAGAUCGGGAUGCAGACAAAUCCUGGAGCGGAUCAGAGUCCGAACCAGACAGUGAGGAUAAGGGUGCAAUCCGCCCACCACUUUCUAGACCACUCCCCUCCAGCAGCACCUCCCUCAAACCCCCUGUAGCAACCCCACCUGCCUCUUUACCCCACCCACCCCAGAUGAGCUCCACCCCCUUCAGCAACACCUUUAAGGAAGAGGCCUCCACAGAGGAUGAGGAAGAUGACGAUGAAGAAGAUGAGGAUGAGAGGGUAGAACAGGAUGAAAUGUGUGAAAAAGCUAAAGAUCCUCAAAAUUGUGGCACUAGCAAAGAAAAGCGAAGAGAUUUCCUUUCAGAAUUGGGACUUGAAAAGGAAGAUGAAAAUGACGACUCUCCCUGGGAUUCAGAGUCUGGUUCUGAGAGCCCACAGAAGAAAAAGGCCAGUGCUCCACUCACUCCUGCCAAAUCACAUAGAUCCAUGUCCAGUAUUUGUGAGGAGAACACUGAAGACUUCUUAUACAUUCCCUCCUUCGUAAGAGGAGGGAGGAACGUUAAUUUAUUGAGAAGUAUAGGCCAGCCAGGAGGCUGCAGGCAGAGGGCUUUAAGAAAUGAUGAGGAUGAUGAUGAAGAAGAAAAUGAAACCGAAAUACCAGCCAAAGUGAUUAAAAGGGAGCCAGUGUCUGUUCUUAGUAAGCUGAUGGAUUCAAAAGAAGCUAAUAAGAAAACAGACUUGAUGGAAGAGCUUGGUUUGGGGGAUGCUGAUGAUCUUGAAGAUGCUUCAGACUGGGACUCUGCUAGCACCGCCAGUAAGGCCAGUAAAAACUUCUCUGUUCAUAAGCUGGAUGAGGAACCAGUCUUUGAAAGCCCAGCAGCUUCCACACUACCCAUAACACCCCAGCAACAGGAUAUAGACACCAGGGAACAUAAAGAAGCCAGUCCGGAGAGAACCAAACCCACAACCUCAAGCACAACACCUUUACCUAGUCCACGAUCUUUCAACCCAAACAUCAGCUCAAAGCCACAACCACUGCCACGACUGCGCGUGGACUCCAAUCAGAGGCCAGAAAGUGAAGAAUCGGACUGGGAUACAGAAACCUCCAGUCCAGCCAAGACAACAAAUUCACAGCCAAAUGUUGCUGAGCCUGAUGCAGGUCAUUGGCAGGAACCCAAAGCUGAAGAUGUUGAGAGUGAAGUCAGUUCUGAUGCAAGUGAAGAUGCAGAUCAGGCAAGAGAAGCAUUACAAGCAUCAUCUGUAGACAUAAAUAGGCCAUCUAACCAUGAAACACUGGAGCGCCCCACCUCUCCUAAGGAGGAUGAACAAGAAGAGAAAGAUGAUGAGAUUCCCUGGGAAGAACGCUAUGAGAAGAUCUGGGUGGAGAACGAAAAAAAGGAGACCAAGUCCCAAUACAAAAACGUGGCCGCUGAACUAAAAGAGAGGUUCGGAGAGCUGGAGCACAAGGAACCAACAUGUGAGCUUUCAGAUCAAGAAUGGAAAGAAGAUGAACAAGAUGAGGAAGAGGAAAAGAAAGAGGUGGAAAAGGAAGCAGAUGAUGAAGAUUCCAGUGAGGAAGAGGGAGAGCCAAUAGUGCGGCCCACUGCCCGGGCGAGAAGUGCCAUACUUUUGCCCAUCCCAGAGCAGAGAGAGUCAGGCCUGGAAGACUCACAAUCUGAAAGUGUCCAGCGCACGGUUAGUGUUGAGGUCAGCGAUGCAGAGCUUCCUAAUGAUCACCAAAACCCUCAAAUUAUCCCAGAGGCCGUAACAGAUGAGGCCCAGGAGCCUGAGAACCAAACAGAGGACAUUGAGGAACCUGAUUGUGGAAGCAAAGAAAAGUGUCCACUAGAAUCUGCAAGCAGCGUAGAACCUGAAGAACCUGAAGAACUUCACAAACCUUCAUUGCUUGAGAAUGAACUACAAGUCCCAUCUAAAGUUUUAGAAGUGCCCGCUUCUGACUCCGAUGAGGUUGACGAGGGCCUGUGGAAGUCCAGACUUGAGGGUGGUAAGGAAAAGGAGGAUGGUAUGAGGGGAGAACAUCAGCCCAGUGCUUUAUGGGAUACUAGAGGAACCAGAGAACAAGGUGAACUUGACCAAGGAAAAGGGAAGAAAACUGAAACCAACUCUGGGAACCCAAAACCGCAACAGGAAGGGAUGGCUGACGGCCGGUUUUUGGGAAGAGAGGGUAGUGUUUCACCAAGACAUCUGACAAGAACUCCAAGAAGUACUGACAGGGCACGGCCACACGGUGAGGAAGAUGAGGAGGAGGAAAAGAAAACUGUAGGUAGCCAAGCCAGAAAUCUCCGUGUAGCUCCCCCUCUGCAGAGCAAACCCUCCCGACCUGUGACCCGCCAUAACGGAGACCUCGAGUCUUUCUUUGAUGAUAGUACUUUAAGUGAGCUGUCGGAAGAGGACAGGAGGUCCCCAUCUUCAAGGCGUAAGAAAGAGCAGAGUACUGGAGAGCUGGAGAUGGCGGAUGAUUUUGAAGAUCUCACCCAGUCCUCAGACACAGCCACUGAGGAGCUGGAGACUCCAGUAUCUGGAUAUCGCAACGCAUCUCUGCUCUUCAAACAGCUCGAUUCAAGCUAUCUGGACUCUGUGAGUGUGGUGAAACUGCAGAACAUGUUUCAUGAGUACGAGCGCACCAUCCAGAGAGAGAGAGACAGACAUAGCCGUCUGGCUGAUAAAACCUCUCAGCUGGAGCAGGAACGCAACGAGCUCAAGAUCCUGCUGGAUGAGAUCAGAGGCAGCAAGUCCAGCCUAGAACAUCUCAAAUUGGAGCUGGAAACGGACAUGAACAAUCUCAAGUUCCUUUUGCGUCAAGAACAGGAAAAGCAUCAGAGCGCUCUCAUGCUGUAUAAUAAAACCCGUGAGCAGCUCCAGAGAAAAGAGGAACAGCAGCGUGCCGAGGCUGAGGAACGUCAUAAAGCCGAGCUGAAAGUCCGGAGUCUGGAACUGGAGAUCAGAGCUCUGAAGAACAGCAUCAAGCAGCUUGAGGAGGACAGAGAUGAGUCUCAGCGCCUACUGGCUCAUGAGCGUAGUGCUCGCGCCCUACAGGAGGAGUUACUCAGCAAUCACUUGCGUAAGCAGCAGGACAUUGAGGAGGAGAACCUCCGAAACCUCAACAAGAGCAAUGAGGCCAUGUCCCAGCUAACAGAGGCAUCAGACCGUGAGCGGGAGUUGAUGCAACAAAAUCGAGCCCUACAGGAUGAAUUGAACGGUGCUCGGGCCGAGCUGGACCGCUCGCAGUGCCACAGCCGACAGGAAGAGUCACGGCUGGCGGAAGAAAGAGACGCCCUACGUGAGAGACUGGAGGAUGCCCGCAGAGACAUGAAACUGAGCGAAGAGGCCUUGGCCCAGACUGUGUUCCAGUACAACGGGCAGUUGAGUGCGCUGAAGGCUGAAUGCUCAGUGAUCACGGCUAAACUGGAGCACGAGAGACAGGUGAGGCAGCAACUAGAGGCCGAGGCCGAGGCGAGCAGGGCACGACUGCAGGCGGCGCUACAGGAGGCCGAGAGAUGCCAGGCCUCACGCACAGACGCAGAGCGUACUCUCCAGCGAGACCGCGAGGAGCACCAGCGGGCACAGGAAAAGCACAUUUUCGAGUCCGGUACCCAACGGGACACCAUUCAGUCCCUGUCCCAGAAACUCAGCAAGGCGGAGGCGCGUGCCAACAGCCUGGAGAACGAGUGUCACCGUAACGCUCUGACCAUUGCUGAGAAGAGUGUGCUGUUGGAGACUCUGGCCCGGGAGAAGGACCAGGCCCUGGCCAAACUCAAAGAACUGGAGACCACGGUACUCAGCGAACGGGAGCAGGCCAGCCGUGCCGGGGCUAAACAGGAAGCCAUGCAGGAGAGGCUGGCCCAGGCUCAGAGCGAGAACGCGCUGCUACGACAGCAGCUGGAGGAGGCAGUGAACAAGGGCUCAGCGAAGGAUAAAGCCGUUACGGAUGUGCACCAAAACUUUGCCGAAAUGCUGAACCAGUUACGUGCGGAUGGAGAGGAGAGAGUCCACCUGGUGGAGGAGAGAAGCAAAGAGCUGGCGAAGACUAACACCGAGCUGAGAGAGCAGAACUACAAAAUAGAGCAGGAGAAAGCUGAGAGAGAGACAUCUCUGAGGCAGCUGCAGCAAGAACUGGCUGACUGUCUGAAGAAGCUGUCCAUGUGUGAGGCUUCUCUGGAGGUCAACACACGGUACCGUAAUGAUCUUGAGGAAGAGAAGGCACGCACACUCAAGGACAUGGACAGAUUGAAGGGAAAGCUGCAGGAGUCUGAGGAAACAUAUGUCCAGGCCGAGAGACGCGUCAGCCAGCUAAAGAGCUCUUUAGACGAUAAAGAGCGAGAAGCCUGCAGUACUGCUCAGAAACUAGAGGAGGUGCUAGCUGCGUCUACAGGCAAAGAGCAAACCAUUAAACAGCUGGAGGAGGCAGUGCAGAGGUUAGAGAUUGAGAACGCCAGACUGGAGGCCACGGCCAAACAGCAGACCAACCGCAUUGAGGUGCUACAGAAGGGCGUUCAGGAGGGCGCUGUGCUAUCAGGCUCAUCACCUGGAGAAGGGGUCAGGAAUCGUUUGGAAGAUCUCGUCACAAACCUGCAGAGCAGUAAGAUGACGCUAGAAGAGCAGCUCAGCCGAGAGGUGCAGAAACAGAGUAUGCUAUCCCAUAAUGCCCAGGACUCACAAGUGCUGUGGGAGGAGGAGCUAAAGAGCCGCUCACGACUGGGACUCCGCCUCUCUGAGUUGGAGAAAGAGAAAGGAGAACUGACCAAUCAGAUGGAGCUCGAGAAGAAAAAGGCCAAAAAACUAGCCGAGCAGAAGAAAUCUAUGGACACGCGUCUGGAGCAGGAGAUGAAGAGAAACACUGACCUUCAGAAAGAAAUGUACAGGUUGAAGUCUCUGUUGAAAACUGCUAAGAAGCAGCUGCGUGAACAGGGUGGUGGACAGCUGGAGUCUCCUAUGGGCAGCUUCAGAGCAGACAUGAGCCACCGGCUGGAGGCAGAGGGCGCUGUCAGCAGAAUGAAGACUCGGGUGGAUGAGCUCCAGUCUCAGUACGAGCGUGAAGCAUCGCGCUGCUCACGGCUGGAGGAGGUGAACAGACAGCUGAAGGAGAAGCUGUCGUCUGUGAAGAGCCUAAGCCGAAGCCAUGAGCAGCUGGAACGCAGCAAGAGGCAGCUGGAGGAGGAGGUGGCCAGUCUGCGCAGACAGCUGGAGGCCGGUGUGAUGGACCAGAGCCAGGCCGAGCAGUACCGCCGGGAGACGGAGGAAAGAGCCCGACAGGAAAUCCGACACAAACUAGAGGAGGUCAACCUCUUCCUGCAGACGCAGGCGGCGUCUCAGGAAGCUCUGGAGCAGAUGAAAGCUGCUAAUGAGGCCAGUCAGCGUGCUCAGAUGGAGCAGCGCAUCAGGGAUCUGGAGGGAGAACUCGGACGUUUACGCGGCAUUCAGCAGGACAGUCUCGUUCAGAGAGACUCCAGCCGCACAGAGCUGGAGCGCUACAAACAGCUGUACAGCGAAGAGCUGCGUCUUCGCAAGAGUCUGGCUGCCAAACUAGAGAGGUCAAAUGAACGGUUAGCGGAAGCCAACACUAAACUCCUGAGCGAGAGGCAGCGCAGUAAAUCUCUGCUCACCAGCAGUAUAGUGAACGGUGGUUUAGGAGGCCCCGCUCUGGAUGUGUCGUCUCUGGGCUCCGUGGGGGCUUAUGGAGCCUCUCUAGGACCCCUGAACAGGAGUCUGGGCCUCGGGACGCCUCUGCUGGGCACGGUAGGGGAAUCCCAGAGCAACCGCGUAGAGGCCUACCUGGCAAAGAUGCAGACGGAGCUGGAGAAGAACAUAUCGAAGGAGCUGGACUAUGUGACAGGAGAGAUGGAAGGAGGAACUGCCCGCAUGUCUCCUGUAGGAUCGGCCUCCGGCUCUCAAAACCUGAACCUAAAUGCGAGUCUGGAGCAGCCGGACCCCGUGAGCAGAGCCACUCAACAGUACCUGGAGGUGCUGAAGAAGAACUACAUGAUCUGACCCACGGUCAGUCCACACACUGUGAACACAAUCAACCCACAAACCCUCUCAAGACGUGCUAAUGAACCUCCCUAAAACCCAUUUAGAUUGAUAAAACAUAAGUUUGUUUACUAAAGCUGGUGUUUUAAAAGUUAUAGUGCCUCCUUGUGGUCAUUAAAGGAAUAGUUCUCCCAAAAAUGAAAAUUUGCUGGCCAUCUUAAGAAAAGUUUGUCUUCUUUAAAACUAAUUCCAUCACUUGCUCACCAAUGAAUACUUUGCAGUGAAUGGCUGCCGUCAGGAUGAGAGUCCAAACAGCUGAUUAAAAACAAGUAACCUCAUUAUGACGGCACCCAUUCACUGCAGAUGAUCUGUUGGUGAGCAAGUGAUGUAAAAGGAAUUAUUCCUUUAAUGACCAAGUCUACAUGAACAUGUUUGUCAGAGUUUGUUUAACAUACUCAGGCUCAUUACUGAAGAAGAAUAUAUUCAUACUUGUAAAAUCCAGGUCACCAGACUGAUUCCUGCCGGUCAGGAACAAUGCAGCCUUGAGAUAUAUCAUAACAUGAGCAAAACUAUCUCUGCAGAGACUGUAAUGAGGCCAUCAGACUGGACUCGUGUAUUAGUUCAGACCACCAAAAGGCCAAAGUUUCGACACUACAAUCAUUUUGUGAUCUUUAAUCGAGUGUGACAAUGCACUUUCUUGCCUCAGGAGCAAAAGCGUGUUUAGGUCAUUGUUGAAGCCAUAUGGGCGUUGUUGAGGUUUCGAGGUACAUGUGCAGCUUUCAGUGUUGCGUCCCUGUUAUGAAGACAUGUUUUUAAUCAAAUGUGGGUUUUAGUUGACUAUGUAUAUAUUUUGGCUUAUUAUAAAGAGUGUUACGUGUGUACCGGUAAUAUUAUUGCCAAGUAAUGACAAUGGUACAUUCUACGCUGUCGUGCAAUAUACUCAACUUAUUGUAAUUUCAAAUGACCAAACUCUCAUUUGGAGAUGUUUUUUGGGAAACAAAUGCUAUACUUGAAUGAGACGAGACUAGAUGGAAAUCUGGUGAUUUUUCUAGAUGUGACAGUGUCACCGCUUCGCUGUGCUCAGGAUGAAUCGUUUUGUGUGUAUGAGUGAACUUCAUGAAUUGUACCAGGUCAUCAUUUCAGAUGUUGCAUAAAUUAUCUUUUGCAUAAUAUUAAUAAAAAUAGCUUUUUUUUUUUUUUUAUUGUGACAAUUUCUUAACAGUUAAGCACAUUUUAAACCUAAAUUCUCAUUACUGCAUUUAAUAUAUAUUAUAAUUAAUAUAUAUAAUGUGUAUGUGUGUGUAUGUAAAUACACAUUUGUGUUUGUCUGUGUAUAUAUGCACGCACACACACACACAUACAUAUAUAUAUAUAUAUAUAUAUAUAUAUUAAUCGCAUACAAAAAAGUUUGAGUUUGCCUAAUAUAUUUGUGUGUACUGUGUGUAAUUAUUAUAUAUAUGUGCACACUAACUAAUGUGUAUAUUUAAGAGAAAUAUGUUACAUACAUAAUAGUUUUAUUUAUAUAAUAUAAAUUAUACAAAAAUUAUAGUAAAUACAUAUACUUGUAAAUAUUUCUUAAAUAUAUACAUGAAUGUAUUUGUAUUUAUAUAUGCAUGAUAAUUCAACACAGUACACACACAUAUAUAAGGCAAACUCAAACUUUUAUUUUGUAUGUGAUUAAUCUGGAUUAAUAUGGUUUUGACAGCCCCUCGUAUGUAUGUAUACGUAUUGUGUGUAUGUAUGUACAUAUAUAUAUAUAUAUAUGGGGUGUGUGUGUGUGUGUGUGUAAAUAUAUAUAUAUAUAUAUAUAUAUAUAUAUAUACACACAUACAUGUAUUACAUGCAUGCAUUAUAUAUAAAUAAUAUAUAAAAAACAAAAUUAAAAACACUAGCAUGCAUAUACAAUUGUACAUUUUAAUAACAUGUUUACAUGUGUAAAAGUAAAGAAAUAUUUUUAUUACAUAAUUUAAAAAAUGCCUAUGCUUAUUUGCAUAAUAUCCAUAAAACAAUGUUUUUUGCAUUGUGAUAUUUUCUUGACAAUUAAACAGAUUUUAAAAUAUUUAAAAAUAAAUACAGAUGAAAAUUACUAAAACCAGAUCAAAAUAACUAAAAAACAAUAAAAAAAAAGCUUGUUUAGUAAAAUAAACAUUAACUGGAAAAGUUAAAUAUGAAAAAAAUUAAACUAAAAAAAAAUAAAAUAGCCAAUAUUUCUCAAUUAUUUUUAGUUCAUGUAUCAAAAUAACAAAACAUUUUAAAAAAGCUUGUUUAAUAAGAUAAAUGUUAACUGAAAAAAUUAAAUCUGAAAAAAUACUUAUUUUAUUUCAUCUAGUACAGAUACAGAAAACAAAAUUAUAUAUACGUGUCUUUGUAAAAAUAUAUAUAUUAAUAUAUAUAUAUAUAUAUACAUUUUUUGGUGUGUUAAUGACAGUUGGAGGAGAAAAUGUGCUUAACUUAAUUGUGUAUUAUGCAAAAAAAAAAUUUGUGGUGAAAUAUGACAUGAGUGUGUUUUGAUAGUUUUCAUCAGAUUAAUUUGUAUGUUUUAGUUUUUGUCAGCUGAAAUAUGUACGGUCUCUUGCGAGAAUUUCAGUAUUGUUUUUGACUUGAAAUGUUUUAGAUGUUUAAAAGCUAUAAAACAAACAUGGGCCUUAU